AUGAAUGCGCUGCAUAAGUCCGCGACGGUCGUCCUGCGGACAGCGGUGCGACCAGCUCUGUCACGUCGAGUUCCCGCCCUGGCUCGUUUCGAGAGUUCGGUUUCAGUUGACACGGCCGUGAUCCCAACAACCGAACAGCAGCCAGUCAAGCGUGAAGGUGGAGCAGAUGCCCACCCCAGUCACCAAUUGGACUAUGGCGUGACCCAGGAUUACCGGACCUCGAACUUUUCACCCAUCCCAAUGCGUGUCAUGGACGGCAGCGAACCGGGCGAGAUUACUCCAGCUGCUGUGUUGUCCGGCGCUCCUACCGACCUUCAAGCCCGCACUGUUCGUAUUUACAAGCCCGCCAAAACGGCCACGCAAUCUGGCAACUGGCACGGCCACCACUGGAGAAUGGACUGGGAUGUCCUCAACAAAGGUCACAGAUGGGAGAACCCUCUGAUGGGUUGGCAAAGUAGUGCAGACGCAAUGCAGGGAACACAUUUGAACUUCGAGAGCAAGGAGGACGCCAUCCGCUUUGCAAACAAGCAAGGUUAUGAAUACUUCGUGCAGGAGCCGAAUGAGCGGCGGUUUACCCCGAAGGCCUAUGCAACACAAUUCGAGCACAGCGCAAAGAAGCUAAAACAAGUCCGGACGAAGUAA